UUGCAAGCUGACAGUGAAACCAGAGCAACAGGCAGAAAUUCCCAACACAGAGCCAAUGAAUUCAGAGAAAAAACCUCCCACUUUUGAUUUUCCUCCUUUUUCUCAAAACACUUGAGAAAAAGAUGAAAUUUUGCAGGGGGCUGAAGGUACAGCAUAUUUUAAAUACAUGGUGUUUCUCUUGGCAUAUUUGUUUAACACUGCAGCAGUGUGGCAGGCAGAGGACCAUGCAUCCAUAACUCAACCAGCAGGGGCAAAUUUAAUUUCAAGGAGAAAUAUUGCUGCUCUGGUGAGGAGAUACCAAAGCCUUUAGGGACCAGAGGAGGUACAGUGUAAAGAGAGACAAAGCGAGAGUGUUAACAAGGACACUGCAGACAUGGAGGAGAGAGGAACCUACACCGGUCUGCAGGAGUUCACAGAGGAGCCGACACCUGGAGGGAACAGGCCCAUCCUCGAACACAGCAACGGCUCCGGGGGACUGAAGCGGGGCAUUGAGUGUUUGAGGAGUCAGACGGCUCUCCUGAUACUUAUUGGCUUUUUGGCCUCCAUCUGCGCCAACAUCGCACUCACUGUGCUCUUGAUUGGCAGGCCAGAGCCAGGUGCCUCCCUGAACUCAUCUCCAGGUUUCAAACUGAACUUGAUGCAGAAACGUUACAUCCAGCUGUGUGAGGACUACACCGCCCUGGGGCAGAAGUGUUCAGAGACAGUAAAGCAGUGCAGCGAGUGUCCUGCAGGAUGGCUUCAUGUUGGGGAUCAGUGUUACUAUUUCAGCAAGGACAAGCUGGACUGGCUGAAGAGCAGAGACAGCUGCGCAGAGAUGGGAGGCCAUCUCACCAUACUGCACACCAUAGAACAGCACGAUGCUCUUGAGAAAGAGGCCAAGAGAACUGGUGGAUUUGAUUACCACUUCUGGAUUGGCCUAUCUGAUAUUGAGAAUGAAGGAGACUGGAGAUGGGUGGACAACACAACACUGCAACACAAAUACUGGGAUCAGUGGAGCUCAGAGCCAGAUAACCACCAGUCAGGAGGGGAACAUGGAGAGGACUGUGCCACCUUGGACAGCCACGCAAAGACAUGGUUUGAUGUUCCUUGUGAUCACAUUUAUAAACGAAUCUGCCAGAUGGAUGCCCUUCAGCUCAACUGAAUCCCUGUGCAGCCAAAAACACUGCACAACUGGAAAAUCUGGAGGGUAAUGAAAGAAGAUCCUAAAAGUAAUAGUUACAUAAAAUUGUGAUUACAGAAAAUAAAACUGAUGUUUGCAGACCAAAAAAAAAAUUUUUUUGUGACUGCCAGCAUAUGCACAGAAGAUCUUUUUUUUUUCCUCGAAGGUAGUUGCUGAAACUUUGCACAUUUUCUUGAAAUACCACUUAAAGGAAAUAAGCAGGAAGUCUCACAGUGGUGAGAGAUGUUAACUGUACUACUACACACCUAUUCUAAAGUGAAAUUCAAAAGAAAAUGUAUGUACGUGGAUGUUUGUUUGUAAGAUGUUAUGUAAUAUUGUAAAAAGCUGGUGUCAGGUGACCUUUUUUUUCUUUUUCUUUUCUUUUCUUUUCUUUUUUUUUUUUUAACAGAUAAUUAGUGUAAAACUCAAAUUGGUUUUGAGAUGUUUCAUACAAAUGACCAUUGUUUGAAUGUUUCAGUAUACUGGUCUGACAUUUGAAAAACACCUUCCUAAUGCAAUGAAAUGACCAUGAGUGCUAUUAUUAUACUGUUCUAUAUCUGUCUCUGGUGUUCAUCUUUGGGAGAAAUUUGUGCAAAUUCACAUCUUAAAACUGAGCUGAAAAAUAUUUCAUUUUGGUAUUGUGGUUGUUUUCUCUAUAACUGUUAUGUUUAUGAACUGUCUUACUUCUCUGCAAUAUUCCAGACUGUGCGUGACAAAACGGUGUGUGUGUGUGUUUUUUUUAAAUGAUCUACCUUUUUGUUUUCUAAAGUAUAAAAUACAUAUUUGAAUAAAGUACACACAGUAUAACCUA